AUGGCCCAAUGUCACUCAAACACCCUCGACAAGCAUGACGGCCCGAUCGAGACUUACGGUGGCCCGGAGGUCAAGAACUCCUACGUCAACUAUGCGUACCUCAAGGACACUUAUCAGCGCGGACUUGUUCCAGGACAAGCUCCGCCAGUCCCCGCAGUCAAGGUUGAGAAUGGAGAUGUCUUUGUGAGUAAUACCCCUACAUAUGACAGCGACUACGCCGAGAGCGAUCGCGACGACCGGCGCCCAUCCAAGAUCCCAAAGAUCAACAAGGAUGGCGGGCCUCGCAAGCCACGCCAGCCUCGUCCCAGAUUGCUCAAGUGGAGUGACAACGAUUGGAAGAACGUAGUCCUCGGUAUCGUCUGGGCAUGCGGUGAGGCUGGCGUUCAAAUUCCGUUCGACCAGGCCGCCCAGGUCGUCGGAGAGAGCUGUACUGCCGGUGCACUCCAGCAAGCCAUCUUGAAGUUGCGUGGCAAGCAGAUCGACGAGGGCUACCAGAUUCCAUCGUUGAGGAUGGCGUGGACGCGCAAGAACAAGUGUGCAUCUUCUUCGUCGUUCAGUGCUAAUACGAAACCCCAGCAGGUGACUGGUCAGAAUCGUAUGGUCGAGCCCCGUCAGUCGCUUGUUGUCAAACUAAAGGUUACAGUCCGGGACUCCGCCGUCAAGAAUUCCGCCGUCGUCAAGAACGAUGGACACGCUGCUCGCCAGGACAACAGCGGACUCGUAGGUGACCAUGUCGACGGGUUCGGAGUUGUCUACCCAAUGACCGACAUUCACACCACCGGUAGUCAAGGUAUCACCGUCGUCAGCGGCCACCCAUCCAACCCUGGCAGCUCCGCAGGCCCCUACCGUGACAUCGUGAAGCAGGCUGUUCCAACCCAGUAUCACCAGAGUGCUGAUGCCUCGUUCGACUUUGAGCAGCAUAUGCGGGACAUGGAGGCACAGAUGUUUGAGGAAUAUGUCAAGGACCACGAAGAAUAUGAUUUCGUCGGCAACGACUCCCAAGACCAUCUACUUGCUGAGUCUGAGUCUGACAACGGACGUUCAACUCUUUCCACUCAUCGCAUCUUCAGCACCCGUUACUUCCUCCUUCCACCGCGCAGCAUGGGCUCCCGUAUCCCCUUCAGGUACAAGCUGGUGGCGAGGAAUCGCACCUAG